CGGUGGUUUUGACAUCCAAGACGUGUCUCCUGUAAAUGCGACGAUAUGAAAGCUAGCUCUGGCUCUCUGUUCUAACAAUGACAAUCCUCUCGACCUGUCCGCGUCUUUAGUCAUCUCCACAUCUGUGUGCAUUCAGGGAGUUUGCACGUUUUCCAUUUAACUGUGACAGAGGCUUCAUUUUCCCGGGAAAACGGACUGAAGAGCCCAUGCUGCAGGAAGGUGCGGAAGCUAAGCGUUAGCCGGCCAGCCAUGGAGGGAGCUGGACGACUUGACUUUGUAUUGUUGGCCUCUGGUCCCUGAAAUAAGCUGCUAUCAGACACCCCACCGUGCAAAAAAAGCAUCCAAAUCCACGUGUUUCAUUCCUAUCAGAGGUGCCCGAGUGCUAUGCUGCGCACACGCCCUGCAGAUGUCAGCUGUCCUGCACAUGCCGCAGUCGGCUGUCAUUGCAUAGAUCUCAUUCUGCAGGAUUUUUCACUUUGCAUGCAAAAAAAAAAGAUUUAAAUCAUCUUGAAAGCAGAUCAGAUUUGGUGCAUUGCUUUUUGAUUCGCUCUGCAGUGUUGUCAGUCCGACUAAAGUAGGUGAUCCCCCCCCUCCUCCUGAGGUUUAUGGGAAACGGUUCUGGCUGCAGCAGGACUGUUGUUGUAGGUCAACGAUGGGAGGCUCGGUGUCUUGCUGCAUCUCCCCCGGAGAGAGUCCCAAGAUCCGCAGGAGAGAGGUGGAGCUGGAGGAGUGUCCCAUCACCACCGCCGAGGACGUGAGUGAGGACACUGGGACCUACCUGCAGCACAUCAGCGACAGGGAGCUCCCAGACGAACUGGCCCAUGAGUCCAACCCAUCAGACCACCCCAGAGCCAGCACUCUCUUCCUCAACAAGUCGCAGACAGACGUGCGUGAGAAAAGGAAGAGCAACUACUUGAAUCAUCAGAUGUCUCCGGGGGUCCUGACCAAAAAGUACAGUUCCUGCUCAACGAUAUUCCUCGAUGAUAGCACAGUCAGCCAGCCCAACCUCAAGAGCACGAUCAAAUGCGUCACAUUGGCCAUAUACUACCACAUAAAAAACAGAGAUUCAAACCGCUCGGUGGAUAUAUUCGACGAGAAGAAGCACCCUCUGUCGAGAGAGAAGGUUCCAGAUGACUACUCUGUGGUGGACCCAGAACACAAACUCAUCUACCGCUUCAUACGGACGCUCUUCAGCUCCGCUCAGCUCACGGCCGAGUGCGCCAUCGUCACUCUGGUGUACCUGGAAAGGCUGUUGACGUAUGCUGAGAUGGACAUCUGUCCCUGUAACUGGAAGCGAAUUGUUCUCGGUGCCAUUCUGCUGGCCUCCAAGGUGUGGGACGACCAGGCUGUGUGGAACGUCGACUACUGCCAGAUCCUCAAAGAGAUGACAGUGGAGGACAUGAAUGAGAUGGAGCGUCACUUCCUGGAGCUGCUCCAGUUCAACAUCAACGUCCCAGGAAGUGUUUACGCCAAGUAUUACUUUGACCUGCGCUCGCUGGCUGACGACAACAACCUCAGUUUCCCUCUGGAGCCGCUCAGCAACAAGCGCGCCCAAAAACUGGAGGCCAUCUCCAGGCUGUGCGAGGACAAGUACAAGGACCUGUGUAAAUCCACUAUGAGGAAGUCCGUCAGUGUGGACAACCUGGCUGGCAUCAAGACCUCCCAGGCUGUGCUGUCUUAAGCCUGCGGAGGAGGUGGUGCAGCAGGCCGAGAGCGAAGCUGCAGGAUGGGACAUUAAGGAAGUCAGACAGGAUUCUCCAAGAGACAUUUCCAAAGUAGAUUAUGAUAAUAUCAGUAACUAAAAAGUUCCAUUACAAAAUGUUAAAUCAUGACUUUUUGAGUGGAACAAAAGAGCAGUUUACCGUACAAUAACUCUAAAGUAUCAUGAAUCCAGUCUCUAUGUGUUCAUUACAAAGAACUUCAGCUAUCCGCCUUUAACGCAUGAUGAUUUGGUGAAAUAUUUUGCAGACUGUAAAUUUUUUUUGUUUAAAUGGAUGUGUAACUUUGGAAAGGAAUCAGCAUGAAAAUGCUUCCUGAAGUCACACAAACUGAGGACUUUUAUCUUUUUUUCUCAUCAGCCGAUCUCUUGAGGAGUCACUUCUCUUCCCUCCACCAGCCGCGUCCCCUCACCUUUAUUCACACACUGACGGACUGUCUUGAACUACCCUGUGGUGUAGUUCUGCACAUGGACAAAGAGUAGACUUUGUUUUGCUUACUAUGUAGGCCCCUAUAGCUGUGAAAUGUACAAGACUUUAUUUAAUUCAAAUAAA